UGUUCAGAGUUCACAGAUUUUCAGUAACAACAAGAACAGGAAAAGGCUCUCGCAGUGUUACAGUCACACAACACUAGCUGUGUCUGCAACUAAACACAGGCAUUGUGGAGAAACAAAAAAACAAGGUGUUUGGACCUGAAGGAGGGCACCAUGCAGGCCAACAUCUUCCCAUUCUAUCCACAGCCCAGGACAUCCUUUAAGUUUGACACCAAAAUUAUUGAAAUCAUUAUUAUCUGCAUUGUCACUGCUUGUACUUUCAUCAUAAUACUUCCUGGAAUCAGAGGAAAAUCAAGAUCAAUCUGGCUUUUUAGGAUAUUAACAAGUCUGUUCAUUGGUGCUGUAAUUCUAGCUGUUAAUUUCACUAGUGACUGGGAGACAGGAAUUGUCACUGCUACGACUGUAUACAAGUCUUUCAGCCAUUCCAUGUUAAACGCCAGCAUUGGACUCUGGAUCGGCCUAAAAGGGGUAAACAUCACUCUGAUAGGAAACCCUGUGUACCAACUUAAUGAGACCAUAAACUACAAUGAGGAAUUUGCCUGGGAAUCUGCCAACCAGUUUGACAAAAAUUAUAAAGAUGGCUUAGAAAGAGGACUCCCAUACCCAAUUUUAUAUGUUGCUGAAAAAUUCACCAUUAACAGUCCUUGUGGACUUUUUCAGCAGUACUGCAUUUCAACAUACUACUCAUCGGAAAUAAUGUGGGUGGCAUUCGGCUCAUGGAUUCUCUACAAUGUGCUCUUCUCCAUGCCAGUUAUACUGUAUGGUAUCUGCAUGAUGUUUGUAACAGCCAUCUGCAUGUUAGUCUCCUUGAUAUCAUUUGCCAGCGUCAGACAGGCACCAGUGUGUAACAUUCACUUUGGAAAUGCUGUUCUGAAAACUCACUUUGGGGUUUCUUAUUGGUUGAGUUUAGUAACAGGACUAUUUUGCCUCAUCGUUAGUUUAGUUCUUCUAUUUUUAUAUAAAACGCAGCCAAAAGUUAUCAGACUUAUCUUUAGCUAUGGCGAAGAAGAGGACCUCUCAGAUAAAUCAGAAAAUGAAGAGGAACACAGUUCAGCCUUAAGCUUAAAUGAGAUGCUAUGAAUUGUGCGACUACUUUCGAGGCUCAAUUGCACAUUAUUUUAUAAAAGGCAGAUGGAUUUCCUUCAGAGGAUGAUCUUUCAUGUACAGUACUGUGCUUUUUUGACCCACUAUUUUCAAGUUUAAACAUCCAUCAGGCAGUUGCUGGAGAUGAAUAGACUGCACAAAGCUCAGAUUUAUAAAGCACAGCUUUUGCACAACUUUGCAUGGAAAAGAACUUUUGGUGUGGAGUGCAGAAGAAAGAAACGCUGAGAGCUACACGAAUGAGAUGAUUUUUAAAUGGGUUUGAAGCAGUAAUAAAUAUAUUUAAAGGAAACACGGUAUACAAACAGUUAUUUUUUUUUGAAGGACAAAAACAUGAAAAGGAAAAUAUUGCAAAUGGUAUCAAGAAGUUCAGGCCACUUACUUGUGAGCCAUUGGGAAGCCAGAUGAUGACUGAGGAUGCUUGGGUGAGCCAUGGCCACAUUCUCUGUAUUUCUCUGUAUCUGCUCUCAGUCUUGCAAUGCCUUGAUAGCUAACAGCAACGUGUUUUAUGGGGUGCAAUCAAAGGCAAAAGCUCCAGGCCCUAGUUUUUGUUGGGUCCUCCAGAUAAUCCAUUACACCCCAUAGAUUUUGUUGUAGGAAAAAAGCUGUAGGUUAUUGGAGUGAUUCUAAAUAUGUUAUAUAGUUUACCUUGAACCUCCUUCCUUGCUGUUUAGUUUGUUGGUUCCUUUUUAUUUAAACUAGGUCCUUCUAAAUCUGACUUAAGCUCCCCAUACCCUUCAGUCACCUGAAAAUAUUUUUAAUUGGGCUAUAAAAAUUGGGAAGGACUGUCAGUGGCUCCUUGCACUUCCCUUCUUUGCACGUCAUUAAUGACCCACAUGUAAGGAGAGCCAAGGAACCCAAGGGCACAAGUGGGUCCGUUUGCACUUAUGAGCACUUUGCAACUUAUUGUACCUUGUACCUUAUUUUCAAUGCAGUACAAGGUGCGCUUGUGUAGGGUUGGAGGGCUUUUUGUAUGGGGCAAAAUAGUACUCUUUGAUCUUUUAUCACUUGUGUUCCUGCCCACAGUAAAUGAGCCUUAACAUCUUUAGGGGUAAUUUAGUUAGCCCCAGGGCACUCCUGCUAAAGCACUAAGGGGUACAAGUCCAUGUCCCCUAGCACUUUUCUGAUUGCUAGCUUGUUUGUGCAGGGCCCUCUUUACCUUUUGUAUUAGUCAUGCGUUGUAUUUUUAUGUAUAUCUGUAUGUUCAGUGUAUACACCCAUUUAUUGUAGUGCAUGUUGUGUAAUAUGUUGGCUCUUUAUAAAUACAAUAAGUGUUAAUAA